AUGAGAUUGCUCCAUAUAGCGGUUCUGAAGGAACGGCAUGAGAUGGUUGAAUAUCUCGCUGCCAACUUCAGCACAAGACUCGAUUCGUUAGACCAGGUGAACUUGUUCUUCAAAGUUUUCUUCCAAGCUUAUCAGAGAGAGUUUUCAAACUUCACUGAUUCAUUCCUCAUAGAGCUGUAACGUCUUUCAAAACAACUUGAAAAUCAGAAAAAAACGUUGGAAAACGAUUAAAUUUUUUUGUUUUGGAUGGAGUAUGACCUCUCGAAUUGAGGCUGGCAGGACAGCGCUUCACUACGCCGCUGUGCAAUCGAACGCCAUCUACGACACGCUCGUCGACCUCGGCGCCGACCGCGAUAUCGCAGACCAGGUCCCACCUUCUCGUUCUUUUCUGUAUUUCGAAUGCCUCAAAAUUGAAAAUAUUGUAAGAUUCUCUUUUGACGUUUUAUACUGUGUUCUUCCUUCUCUAUUCGCGUCAUGCUCAUCACCACAUUAACGAUGAAAAUGUUAUCAGUUUUGGGGAGGAAAAAAAGAGAGAGGCGCGACUAACACGAAUAUUUCUUAGUGGUAUCAGCCUUUCAGCCGGAUAUUCCAGCGUUAUUCUCUCCGCUCGUUCCAUCGCUCCUUGUGCUGCAGCUCUAUCACUCGCUCACGUUUUUUUUUAUUUCUUGCGUGUCAUCUUCCAAGAGUAUUGAAUUAGCAGGGAAACAUACGUAUUCCUUCGAAUAAUUUGACGUCGAGUCUACAAACGACCAACUUUCUUUUAUGGUUUUCAUGAAAGUUCAUGAUCUUGACAAUUAACAAAAAGUUUGAUUUUGUGAGAAGGUAAACGUCGCAUUUAGUAUUAGACUGACAUUUGGCUGUUUUCAUUCAUAAUUCCAGAGAUAAUUUGAGCUCUUUUAUAUAAAAUUUCGAACUCCACACUAAAAAUAUCUUCCUUGUCAACUAUACCGGUGGGAAGGGGAUUGCUUUGUAGAAAAAUCAUGCAUUUUUUGAACAAAACUGUUCAUUUUCGACCGCGGAACUUCAGGACGGCGUCACCGCGGAGGAGUACCGUCAAUCGCCGAGCAGAUACAUCCGUCCGGCGUCGGCUGCAUCUUCGCUUAUGCUUCGUUCCAUGUCUACCGACGAUGAGUUCUUCGAUCCAGGUAUUUCCUUUUCAAAAAUAUAUCCAUCUGCUUUCCACAGUACAGCAAGAAUAUACAGUCGUAUAAACGGAAGUUCUGAAAAGUUGCAGUUAGGAGGAUUAAAAACUUCGAGAAAUUUUGCGUCAUAAAAAAGCGUUCCCAGGAGUUGUGUUUGUUCAUCUUGAGACACGCAACUGCAGGUUUAUUUUAAUAAUCUUUCCCAUAUCUACUCACUUCAAAUGGAAGCUUUUCCUUUUUGGGAAAUUCGUAUCUUCUAGAUGUAAUCCGAAAAGAUGGAGAUGAAUUAAAUUGCGAUUACUAGGGGGAUCUCUGGGCCUGCGGAAAGUCGCCGUGGGCACUAAUCUGUCCUGAUGACUUCGCUUCCGCUUGGCGCCAACUUGACAAAUUUGUCAUCGAAAGGGCGUUGUCAUGGCUUCUGGAAGGCUUCAGUCUUUCCGAAACAUCGCGUGACACGACCGCCGAGGAAUAUUAGAUGAGCCUUCGGCGAUACCUGCGAGCUUUUCUUCGAGUCUUGUGUUGCCGACUCGGCCGACUCCCGAUUUUGAAGCAGUCGUACGCGUUUGCAAGUUGAUGGUUGAUGCAUGA